AUGAUCUUCAUCGCCUUUUUCUAUGACGGUAGUCGCGGCGGCAAAAGAACAUUUGACUCGACUGGAUUUCGCAGCCAUAUCGCGCGCUUUGACUUGGCUGGUACUUUGAUCUUUGUUUCGGCAACGAUUUGUUUUCUCUUAGCACUCUCAUGGGGUGGGAUCACAUAUGCAUGGGACAAUGCCUGCAUCAUAGCCCUGCUAACGGUCGCUGGUGUGCUAUUUUGUUCUUUUAUCGGGGUCGAAUACUGGAUGGAAGAUAGCGCCAUCAUUCCUCUACGCUUACUACGCACGCGAAGUAUAGGCGCAGCGAUCCUUUUUGGCCUCUGUCUUGGGAGCGUAUUCUUUGUACGUUGUUCCAACGCAGACUUCAUGUUACAUCUGGCUGACCAAGAUCCUAUCGCUGUUCUAGCGAUAUGGUUUCAAAUAGUCCAUGGUGUCUCCGCCGUCGAAUCUGCAAUCCUGUUCAUCCCAUUCAUGCUCAGUGUCGUUGGUGGAUUCAUGUUCGCAGGUUUUGGGACCGCUAUAACCGGAUAUUACACACCUUUCGUCUACGCUGGCUCAAUUCUCAUGUCGAUAGGUACUGGCCUUCUGAUGACUGUUCAGCCUCAUCACACCUCGCGAGCCAAAUGGGUCGGGUUUCAGAUCCUGUGCGGAGCCGGAAUCGGCUUAGGAGAAGAGCAAGGACUAUAUAUGGUGCAGACGACGCUUCCCGAAAAUGAUGCGGCAACUGGUAUCGGCCUGAUCCUGUUCGCACAGACGCUCGGCGGAGCCCUCUUCGCGUCAGUUGCACAGGCAGUUUUCCUGGAAAACAUCAGCAAGGCACUGAAAACACUGGCCCCAAACCUGGACCCCAAAUCUGUUUUGAACGGCGUAUCCACGGGCUCUUCUCAAGAAUUGCAAGCGGUCUAUGGAUUGGCGAUCAAAGAUGUUUUCCGUGUUGGGCUUAUACUAGGAACGGUCUCGAGUCUAGGCGCCGUGCUGUACGACUGGAAAAGUCUAAAGACUAAGCAUGACUAUGGAAACCAUGAAUGUAACAGUAAUCAUGAGCUCGAACAUGUGGUGGAAGUUCAAACAAACGAUAAAUAG